AUGCUUCUGGGUUGUUGCAUCGAAGCACUGUCCAUCUCAGUAUCCGAACAAACUGAUGAAACAAUUGAGGAUAUCCUAUCAUCAUUGAUUAAUUUACUUCAAGCAGAAAUAGCGACCAAUCAAUUGACUAUGCCGGUGUGUAUUGAAAUACUCAACGUUCUUCAUCGUUUAUAUUUCGUUCGUACGGAUUUGAAAACUCAUCUUCGAAUCUUGAAAAUAGUCGAUAAAAUCUUUCACAUUGUACCUUCAUGUUCCCAAAUCGCUGCCACUGCUAACGAGGAUCACCUGGUGCCCGGUGAAUCCUUCUUGUUUGCAUCAUUGGAACUACUUAUCUGUGUUCUCAUUAGUUACUAUCCAAACAUCGCUGGCGAUUUACAACUAGGACCUAUCUUUCAAAUGAAACUUUCGAUGAAAUCAAAUGCUGACAAUCAACAAAUCAACAAUUUGUUCUUAGCUAAUGUCAAACUUCUUAGUGAGUUAAUUACACUGUGCACUACAACUGAAGGUCUGCAAGCAUUGAUUCCUGUGAUUUUACAAUUGUUAUUAUCGACAAGUUAUGUCCUCCUGUCAACCAAAAAUGACUACCAAACGUCUUUAUUAACCGCAAUCAAUCAAUUUCUCGAAAAUAUCUUCUCGACUACAAUUGAUAAUAAUAUUCUCUACUGUACAAUAGUUACGAUCAUAAAUUUCAGAGCCAAUCUCAUGGAUAAGAAUCUUUCUGAUAAUGGACAUUUUGUUCAAUCUUUAACGUCAUUGAUGAUUAAUUCAACAUCUAUUCAAUUGACUGAACAAUGUAUUGAUUUCUAUCGAAAAGCGUUUGAUGACGAAGAUCCCGAAACUCAUAUUCGUGUUCUACAAUGUCUCAACCAGUUAUUUCAAUGUUCGAAUAUCUCCGUGCGUAAUCAAUUAAUACAGCUGUUUACACCGUUGUUGCUCAAUGAAUUGAAGAAGUUAAACGAAACUCAACAUCAGCAGAUUAUUGAAAUUUUGAAAAUAUUUGAAACACUUCUAGCAGCUGUUGAUUCAACGCUACGUAUACGUUUAGCAUCAUUAAUCAUUCCAAUAUUUAUCAAUUUCCUUCCUGACCCUGCAUCAUCAUCAUCAUCGCCUGUUAAACUAACAAAUACCAAUGCACGUUUAACCAGUUAUGUUAUUGAUCGUGUUCAGUCCCUAAUUCCAAUAUAUCCGAAUGAAUUUCGACUUAUUCUUCAAAGUCUACCGGAUCUUCGUACGAGACUUGAAACUGCUAUUCGUCGUCAACAACAAUUGAAGCAACUUCAACAGCAACAAAAAGAUGAAAAGGAAUCGAGUUAUUCAUCAAAAUCCUAUCUUUCAUCGAUGAACUCACCAUCGCAAGCGCCAUCGCUUCCUCUUCGACUUGAUUUCUCAAACUUCAAAUCAUCAUAA